AUGCGGUUCAACGUGACGCAGCAUUUCCUCCAGAUCAAAAACGGGCGCGUGUGGGGGCGCACGGGUUGCGGCUUCAUCAUCAACGAGACGCUGGGGCAGUGCCAGACGGGCGACUGCGGCGGCACGCUGGUGUGCAAGCAGGUCGGGGCGCAGCCCAUCACGCUGGCCGUGUACUCGCUCGGCAAGAACGGCGGCGCCGAUUACUUCGACAUCUCCCUCGUGCACAGCUUCAACGCGCCCAUGGCGUUCCUCCCUACGGGCGGCGCCAAGUGCGCCAGGGGUGGGCCGUCGUGUCCUGUGCAGGAGAUCACGUUCAAGUGCCCCUCCGAGCAGAGGCAGGUAGCCGGGUGCGGCAACCCGUGCGACGGCAAGAGCAACUGCGGGCCGAACAACGGCACGGAGUACUUCAAGAAGUCGUGCCCAGAGACGAUCACCUACCCCAAGGACACGAGCAACACCAUCUACACGUGCCCGGCCGGGACAAACUACGAGAUCACCUUCUGCCCAUGA